AUGGCUCUUGUCGAACCUUCGGGCGUCGCUACUCUUCCCUCAUUCUCUAAGAUCACUGAGACACUCAAGGGCUCGGAUUCGACUGGAGCGCCUUCUAUAACAGUUAAAAGCACAAUCGAUGAGCUUGAUCCAGCAGCUGUGAAGACGCAAUUCACUAUUGAAGAGCAUUCUAUUGACACUGUGAGACCCAUUACCGUGGGCGUCAUCGGUGCUGGUCUAUCCGGUAUAACGGCUGGUAUUUUGCUACCAGCUAAAUUGCCAGGAAUUGAUCUGCGGAUCUAUGACAAGAACGCCGAUGUGGGAGGUACAUGGUUUGAAAACACUUAUCCCGGCGUUAGAUGCGACAUUCCGGCGCAUGCCUAUCAAUCUACCUUUGAGCCCAAUACCCAAUGGACGGAAGAAUUCGCACAGGGUCAUGAGAUUAGAGACUACUGGCAGGGUGUAGCUCGAAAACACAAUGUCUAUCAGUACAUCAGAUCGAAACAGCAGGUACAGAAGGCAGAGUGGCUCGCCGAUGAGGCCAAGUGGAAGGUGACCAUCGAACACCUGGAUGGUUCUAAUAAGAUCUAUGAAGAGAAGCUGGAUAUCCUAAUCAACGCUAUAGGCCAUUUCAAUGCUUGGAAGCUACCCAACUAUGAAGGAAUUGAACAAUACAAGGGCACCCUCUUCCAUUCUUCCCACUGGAAUCACGAUAUUGACUUGAAGGGAAAACGCAUUGCUCUGAUUGGUAACGGCGCAUCAGGCUUGCAGGUCUUGCCUUCCAUCCAGCCAAUUGCCAGUCACGUUGAUCACUAUGCCCGUAAUCCCACCUGGAUCGCAGACUCCUUCAGCAGCGGUAAGAACGGUGUUCGUCGACUAGAGCCGAAUCUUUUCUCCGAGGAGCAGUUGGAAUCUUUCAAAGAUCCAGACGAAUAUCUGAAGUAUCGCACGGAAGUUGAGCGAGGAUACUUCCAGCGAUUCGCAGCAGUAUUCAACGACUCACCUGAAAACCAGGAGCUGCGUGAAAAGUGGACUAAGUUGAUGAUCGAGCGUGUCGCGGACAAGCCAGAGCUAGCAGACCAGAUUCUUCCCGACUUCCCACCAAACUGUCGUCGUCCCACCCCAGGGCCCGGCUACCUUGAAGCUCUGACAAAGGACAACGUUGACUAUAUACGCACACAUAUCAAGCGCUUCACUGAAAAGAGCAUCAUCACCGAAGAUGGCGUGGAGAGAGACGUAGACGUUGUCAUCUGCUCCACAGGCGCGAACACAGACCACGCACCCUCAUUCUCUAUCAUCGCCAACGGCAUCGAUCUAAAGUCUGCCUGGAAGAAAGACGGCCAAUUCGGAUUCCCAUACUCCUAUCUCGGAUUUGCAACACCCGGAUUUCCAAACCUCCUCUGGCUCGGCGGCCCCUAUGCUUCCGGACACAGCGGCACAGUGCCCAACAGCAUGGAAAACCAAAUCGUCUACAUCGCAAAGGUGAUACGAAAAGUCCGCAGUCAGGGAAUCAAGACCAUUGUGCCCUCGAAGGCAGCGACGGAUGAAUUUGUUGAAUAUUGCGACCAGUUCUAUCCUCGCACAGUCUGGAGCGCCAACUGCAGCUCGUGGUAUAAUGGAGGUAAGCCUGGAUCUCGCAUUCAUGGCCUUUUCCCUGGAAGUGCAUCGGCAGUAAAUUAUCUUCGGAGAGAUCCGAGGUGGGAGGAUUGGGAGUACACUCAUGUCAAUCCUGCGAAUCGAUUCGCUUACUUCGGAAAUGGGUGGACUUCGAGGGAAUCUGUCCCUGGUGCGAACUUGACGCCUUAUCUUAAACGUCCUGAUGAGAUUGACUUGAAGUCCUAUUUAGAAGGCUGGUAUGAUGUCUAG